AUGCGGGGAGGCCCGGGCUUUGGGGGUCGGUGGACGAGGCGGAGGAGUCAGGCCCAUCACCCCGACCCUGCGGGCGCUGCACUUGUCACCAGCGCUGCUCGACGCUUCUGUCUCCGCUGGGACCGCUUUCCUUCCCAGCCCUUCCUGGCCGCCUGCCCGCCCUUCGUGGGGGGACCAGGGGCUUUCACUGCGGGGCUGACCCUGGCCUGUUGCGGGGCGGCUUCUUGGGGGCCCCCAACCAGCGAAUCCUGGGCGCCUCCAGGCCACAUCCCCGCCCUGGGCCCGGCGUCCCCUUUCCAGGGCCUCCGAAUCCAGCAUCAGAGCCCAAAGGCGGAGCAGGGGUGUCCAGAGGAGGCAGAGGAGAGCUGUCGCUGGGAGCGGCCUCUGAGAGCCGACACCGGGGGCCGGGACGCGAGAGACGGCUCGGGUCAUGGCCACAGGCAGGUCCGCGGACACCAGGCAGAGGGGCCAGCACAGCGGAGAAGCAUGCCGCUUUCCCCCCGCCUCUGGGGCCCCGGGCGCACUGCGCACUUUGCGUCCCCCACCCCUGCCUCCUUGCACACGGGCCUUGCUCUCCGCGUGGAUCUGCUCCGCGAGGGGCAGUCCCGCAACGCACAGGCUUCGGCUACAUCUGGGCGACCCGUCCCACGUGACGGCCGCAACGGUCCCGUCCGCCCCACUCACCAGCCUGUCCUGGAGUCCGGCCUCCUCCUCCUCCUCCGGGUCCUGACUCUGGCGUCCCUGAGCUUAGCGCUGUCUGCUGCUCUGCUGAUUCCCCAGCACCCCAGGCUUGGCCACUCAGGCCCCCGGCAGCCCAGCUCUAUCAGGCGGCGAACAAGACAGGUGUCCAGAGACCUCACUGCUGGCCGCUUGCCCGCUGGUAGAGGCCGCAUCCCGGGGGGCACACGCGAGCCCCUGGUGGGGUCGGCGGGGCCCUGCGAGAACUGGGGCGCCCCACCCUCCGCCUUCCCCCCAGACGGUUUCUUCCUGCACGACCGCCUCCAGCUCACGGUGCUCGGGGAAGCGCUGGAUUCAGAAGCCCACACACAGGACGCUCCGCGCUGA